UUCACCGGAUCUCUACAGAAGCGCAGAUAUAGAACCACUCAGAAAGCGGGCACCGCACGCCCCCGCCAGGGCCGUUGAGCGUGAUGGCGCUUCCUGACUGGAUCCUUCCGGUAGCUGUCAUCGCAUCCUUCGUCUCGCUAUGUUUGUUUGUCCGUUUCAGACGCUCCGGGCAACUUUUGUGGCGAAAAAUAAGUAGCAAGAUAAUGGCUCGCACUGAGAAGCCGUUAUUCAGAAUCGCGUACACGCUGUACACCAAGACCAGUCUCGGCUACAUGUUUUACAAGAGGCAAAUGAGGAAAGCCCGGGAACGCCACCCAACUGGACACUCAACGGUUCUGCCCGUCCAGUUUAGUGGUAUGAAAAUCAUCCCCAUCUCUGUGCUGUCGGACAACUACAGCUAUCUCAUCGUUGACACCACCUCUGGUGUUGCAGCGGUUGUAGACCCAGCAGACCCUCAAACUGUUCAGAGAGUCCUUCAGGAGGAGGGAGUGAUGCUAGAAGCCAUCCUCUGUACGCACAAGCACUGGGACCACAGUGGGGGGAACAAGUUACUGAAACGGCUUCAUGGCUCGUGUAAAGUUUAUGGAAAUGCAGCUGAUAAUAUUCCUGGCCUGACGCACCCCCUGUCACACAAAGACUCGGUAACAGUCGGCUGUUUGGACUUUAAGGCCCUCUUUACGCCGGGUCACACGGUGGGCCACAUGAUCUACCUGCUGGAUGGCCAGCCACUCGGUGCUCCCUCCAGCCUUUUUUCCGGUGACCUGGUGUUCCUCUCAGGAUGCGGGAGGAUGUUUGAAGGCAGCGCCAGAACAAUGCUGUCAUCGCUCGACACGGUCAGCUCUUUGAAUGAUGACACUCUCCUCUGGCCCGGUCACGAGUACGCCGUCGACAAUCUGCUGUUCGCUGCCGAGGUGGAGCCACGGAACCCAGCCAGGGAAAGCAAAUAUCAGUGGGUGCUGCAGCAACGAGAUGAGAAGCGCUGCACGUGUCCCUCAACCGUUGGAGACGAGAAGGCGUACAAUCCUUUCCUGCGUAGCCACUGUACGGAGCUCCAUCUGGCACUGGGCCUCCAGCAGCUGGACGACGAGGACUGGACUCGGUUUCGGGCCCGCGUGCUGGAGGAGCUGCGCAAGCGCAAAGACCAAUACAACAGGAGAUGAUUAAAUGUGGCUGAAAACGGAUAACUGAAUGGUGCGGAUGGAAGCCAUACAGAACUAUCAUGGUUGCUAAUGGUUAAACACGCGCUGAUCUUUGCGGUAGAAGAACCGAUCCAAAUAUGGCCAGUCCAUUUUUUUUACCCCCCCAGCUUUCAUCACUAACUAUGCGCCCAUCUAUUCAAUGUCAUUAUUAUUUAUUAUAAUACCAUUAUAAUAUUCAAUUUCCAUGUACACAUUGUGAUCAUAUAGUUAUGAAUGCACCUUAAAGCUCUACUGUCAUCCGUAUAAACAUUCUAAAAUAGAUAUUGAAAUGAAAAAUUCAUAUAAGAUUAUUGACUUCAAUGUCUAUACGAAAAAAUAAAUAUCAGCGGAGAGUGCGUCAUCCAUGCGCAAAGUUGCGGAAGUGUCAUUCGACAUCCAAGCGGUCUACUGCCCGUGACGUCACCCCGGACAUUCGCCAUUGAAAACACGCUGUGGCCGCUACUGUAGCUACCUUCAGACACGGAAGCUCUUUUAGAAGAAAACAUCUCGCAACCGAGUGAAGCGUCCGGGGCAAUAUUUCCCUAUUGUUUUGAGCCAUAUUUAGAUGACAUGCGGCUCACGGCCAUACCACCUCCCCGCCCGAUCCACCUUCGCGCGGCAGUGAUAAACGCAACAACGAGCUACCUUCACGGAGGCAAAACUAAUAGAAACAAUCGACUCCACUUGAGGGUGGUCCUGCCAUGUACGUCACUUCCUGCUUCUUCUCGAAAACAAAUCCCUUGAGAGGAUUUUCAUAGCAAGAGUUACAAAAAGCUGUAUAGGUCAAAAUCAUGUUUUGUGGUGAAACAACGCAUGGGUCCAUGUCGGGUGCCGUUUUUUCAUUAUUAACAUACUAAAAAUCAUCCAUUUCAUCACUUUAAGAAGAGACAUUUAGCACUGUCAACCCCCCACCACCCCCCCCACACACAUGCAGAUUCCCCUCUAUAAAAAUUGUAUUGCACUGUUUUGUUUGCUGUUUGUCAUCAGUCUUCAAAUUGUUAACUUCUUUUGUCUUAUCACUACAUUUUUCUUGUACUGCAUUAGGUACAUUUCAGUUGUGUGUGGCAUCGAUAUGAGUUAAUGCAUAUUAGUAUUGAUCAAUGUUUUCCACAGGAAUGAUCAAAUGCACGUGUUCCCUUUUUAUCACGGUGGUCUUUACGCUUGCUUUUUAGGGGCCUUUUUUUACGUGGAAAAAAAAUCUGUUUAUUGAGAACAUACUACACAUUCAAAAAUGGUAAAUAAUCAGUGGGCCUCAGUUAGUUUAAUAUUGAAUUUAAUGCAAUAGGAAGAGGAAAACGUCGUGCCGUCUCUACGGAAUGCUUUUAUAAAACAGCAUUUUUAGGCAGAACCUUCGUACAUUUUUUGAUAGAUUGUAUAUUUGACGGUUUUGUUGUACAGUGAUGCAUACGCCUCUGUAUAAUAGAGUUUAACGUUUUAGUUGACUCAUUAAGAUAAUAUCAUGCAGUCUGUUUCUGUGGGGGAACCUGGAAGACGUGAAAAUAUUUCAGAUUUGUGUUUCUGCUAUAGAAGUUAAAAACGAAAGCGGUGUCCCCUGGUGACUGUUGACUAAAAUGUUAUUCUGGUUGUUUGAUGCUGUUGCACGUCUUGAUUUGCAUACGUUUGAGUUCAGAACACCACCGCUCGGGAAACAGUUUGACUUUAGGUUAUGUUUUAAUGAGGAAAUGUUCCAAGUAAACUUUUCCGUUCGAACUGUGUACAAGCUGUUUUGUUG